AUGUUACGACUUCCCACCUUGUCAAUUCUAUUUUCUCCUGUGUUUGCCUCGGUAAUAUCGCAAUUCUCUGGAGGUAAACUCACUGGCAACUCUUUUGGCAUUGCCGGGCUCAAUGCCACCUAUGACUAUGUGAUAGUGGGCGGUGGAACUGCAGGGAAUGUCGUUGGAGCUCGGUUGACAGAGGACAGUAAUGCUUCAGUGGCAUUGGUUGAAGCUGGAAGCUUCUGUGAACUAAGCAAUGGCAAUUGGAGUCAACUUCCGUAUUGGUCCCAGAAGUGGGAGAGUACGAAGACAGAUGAUUGGCAGCCAUUAGUAGAUUGGGGUUACGAAAAUGAACCCCAAAUUGGCGGCAACCGCAUUCAUUAUGCUCAAGGUCGGACUCUGGGGGGCAGCAGUGCCCGCAAUCAGAUGAUGUACAACCGGCCUACAAAAGGUGCCUACCAACUCUGGGCUGACAGAGUCGGCGACCAAGCAUAUACAUGGGAUAAUAUGCUGCCCUUACUUGAGCGAAGUGUGCAAUUUUCGCCUAACGCUGAACACCGACCUGCGAAUGCCACCCCUCACUAUGACACUUCGGUGUUCUCUUCUAAAGGAGGACCACUGCACGUCAGUUACCCUGGCUAUGUCUGUCCGCUCUCCCAUCACGGCCACAAAGCGUUUUCUUCAAUCGGCUUGAAAGAGAUACCUGGCUUCACUACCGGCUCGAUGCACGGCUUCAGCUACUGGCAAUUUACGAUUGACCCAGACACAGGUCUUCGCGCUUCCUCUGAGGCUACAUUUUUAGCAGAGGCUUUAGGCCGGCCAGGACUAUCAGUAUAUAUCAACUCCAUGGCCAGGAAUAUCGUGUUCUCUGGGACAAAAGCCGUUGGCGUGAACAUCACAAACUACGGCGAAAAGCCAUUUAUCUUGACGGCAACCAAGGAGGUGAUUGUAUCAGCAAGGAUUUACAAUUCCCCUCAAUUAUUGAUGGUGUCCGGCAUUGGACCCAAGGAGACCCUGGAGAAAUACGAUAUCCCCGUGGUGGCAGAUCUGCCGGGCGUGGGCCAGAACACGCAUGAUUCGUGUGCCAUCAACGGACCGAUCUUUGAGAUCGAUGCAAUCUCCUACACAACUUGGCAAGAUGCAGAUCUCAUGAAGCAAGCUGUUGAGACAUAUUACAAAGAUCACAGUGGACCUUUAAGUAAUAUCGGUAUGGACAUUGGGGCGUAUGAGAAGCUCCCUGCUUCCUCCAGAGCGAAUUUGGGCUCCAGUGCCCUAAAAGAUCUAGCAGAAUUCCCAUCAGAUUGGCCGGAAAUUGAGUAUAUGCUGGAGGGCAUUGAAGCACUUUCAUUCGCCUCAGACUCCUUCCACUCUUCGGCAAAUAAGAGCUACGCUACUAUAAGCAUGAUGAUGGGCGCAACGACAAGUUUGGGAAAUAUGACUAUCAGCUCGGCGAGCAACCUAGAUGCACCCAUUAUCAAUCCAAACUGGCUGCGGACUAAAACGGAUCAAGAGGUUGCUGUGCUAGCAAUUCGUCGAGCUCGAGAAGCCUGGAAAGCUAUCCCGAUCCGUGUUGGCGAGGAAGUGUUUCCUGGCGCCAAUGUCACCAGCGAUGCUGAUUUGUUGAAGGUCAUAGAGGAGAAUCUUGUCCCAACUCAUCAUGGGACCGCGUCUUGCGCAAUGGGAAAAAAGGGUGAUCCAGCGGCGGUUGUCGACUCGAAAGCUCGUGUUUUCGGCGUGAAGAAUUCACGCGUGAUCGAUUCUUCCAGCAUGCCAUUCACGCCCCCGGGACAUACAAUGGGUCCUACUUACGCUCAUGCCGAGAAAUUGGUCCAGGAUGUUUUGGAUGAAUACCUGGCUGAUGCGUAG